GGUCACACUCGUGCCCGAUCUCGCUGUCUCUCCCGUCGCUACCUCUCGUGUUCUUCUCGUGUACGCGGCUGCGUAGGUCAACAGGCCAACCUCAUCUCAGUCGGCAACGUCGGUAGUUUGCUCGAGGCGAGCGCUCGCCAAAGGUAUGCUCGGCGUCCGGAUUCUAAUGUCAUUUGGCCAGUUUCACUCCGGACCGUGUGUCGGCUUUUGUUGCAUCUCUGA